AGGACUUUCCUGGAAUAUUAAAUAAUGAAGAAACAGUAUUGGCCGUAUUGGCCGUGCCUUCUUUUAUGAGUGCUUCAGAUUUUUUGGCAUUUGUUGCACCAGUACAAAGAUUUGUAAGCCAUUUUAGAUUUAUCAGAGAUUCGGCACCCAACAAAUUUAUGGUCUUGAUGAAGUUUAGACAUGCACGAGCCGCAUGGGAUUUUUAUAGACAAUUUAAUGGUCGUCCUUUCAGUUCUAUGGAGCCUGAAAUAUGCCAUGUGGUCUACAUCAAAUCUAUCGAAUUCAAAUCUACUUCUAUUCCUCCCGACGCAUUCCCUUUUUUGCAUGAUCCUUUUAUACCCUCUACGCAAAACGACACAAUGAAAUCUAAUGAUCAAACUCAACAAUCCUCCGUUUUAUAUGAACUUCCAACAUGUCCUGUAUGCCUUGAAAGAAUGGAUGCAUCCGUAACUGGGUUGCUCACAAUACUAUGCCAACAUACGUUUCAUUGUGAUUGCUUAAGUAAAUGGGGCGAUAGUAGCUGUCCUGUGUGUCGUUAUAGUCAGAAAAGUAAUGUUCUCGAUCCAUCACUAGGACAAAAUGAAUGCGGGGUUUGCGGUGCCACUGAGAGUUUGUGGAUAUGCCUUAUAUGUGGCAAUAUUGGUUGUGGUCGAUAUCAAGAAGCACAUGCAUAUUGCCAUUAUAAAGAAACUUCACAUUUAUACGCUUUAGAAUUAGAGACUCAAAGAGUUUGGGAUUAUGCUGGUGACGGAUACGUUCAUCGUCUAAUACAAAACAAAUCUGACGGUAAACUAGUAGAGCUACCUAGCCCUGAUGAUCCGCCACAAAUGCAACAACCACGUGCGGAAGUUGAUCAAGAUAAACUUGAUGCAAUUGGACUUGAGUACAGUUACCUUUUAUCAACCCAGCUUUCUUCUCAACGAGUUUACUAUGAAGAAAAACUUGAGUCGGUCACACUUCAAUUAUCAAAACUAACAAGUCAAGUUCAAAAGUUGGAGGAUGAAAUUUCAACUUUGAAUCAAGAUAAAGAUAAAUAUAAAAAAGAAAAUGAUUUACUUGAAAAAGAAAAGAUACCAUCUUUGAUAAAAGAGAAGAAA